CAACUCUCCUCGCUCUCCACUACCAUCUUCCUCUCCCCACAACAGAUAGUCAAUCAUUUGCGCGAACUUCACCCGACACAUUCAAGAUGGCACCCUCUCAGACCGGUUCCCACGCAUUCUCGAGGACCCCUAGCGCUUAUGUACCUUGCGAUGAGCGCCUCGAUCUGACUAUGCCAAAGCACGUCAUCCGUCAGGGACAAAAAUUCACAUGCGCCCAUCUCAACUAUCUCGAGUGUCAUGGUCGAACUGUGUUCGCUGACGACAGAUGCGUGAAUUGGUUUCUCAACGCCCUUCGUCUUCGUUGGAAGGUCUCGGGCAGAGUCCUGCGUGACCGGUCUGAUCAAAGUAAGGAUCUCUGCGAAUUCCUCGACCUAGAGGUCGAGAACAAGCGCAUCAUUAGCGACUUAUUCACGGAUGAGGCAAUCUACUACCUCCUGGAUCGCAGCGCCCCUGACGGUAUGAUGAUCUUCACUGCAGUGGUUCACGAGAUCUACAACUUUCAGUGGCAAAACUGGUCAGAGGAACAGAAUAAUAAGCACAAGCAGCAAGGUCAUCACGCGCUUGUUAUCUUUCACGCACAAGCUACCGCAAACCAGCUAAGCAACAACGUUCUCGCGUUCAAGAACACAGCUGCCCCUGAGCUCCGCAAAUGGGCUGAAAUGACUGUCUCGGGACAUCUCAUGGCAGUUGUCACCCAGGGUCACCUUCCACAACGUCCUGCUGUUCGCAAUACCGCUCGCUUCGCCUUCGAAGACGAUGCUACGACCCGCAACGUGAUGGACGUCAAGCAAAUGACGAACUCUCCCCCUCCCUUCAGCUUCACACCCGGUUACCGGCCUCCUCAACCUGCUGCUCGCGACUUCGAUUCUUUCGCCCCCAUUAAGGACGUCCUCAAUUGUGACUUGAUGGACGUCAGACGAAUGGACACCUCGUCCCCUCCCUCAACUUACCCCAACGACGACUACGUUCGCGGACAGGGUCCAUCCAGCGGUCGUUACCAAGCACCCGCCCCUGAUGGUCCCUCCUUCUUGGGCGAGAAGCGCAAGAUCUUGCGCUUCUGCCCCUUACUAUUACGAACCGCCAUCAGACAAGAGAGUCAAGAUCAAGUCAGAGAGCACUACUCACUACAGACCUUACGAGACUUAUAGACCAUCUACCUCCAAACGUCGUGCCUUUGAACAGGGCAACAACAGAUCGUCUCACACUGACACUCGCCGCGGCACUCGUGUCUAUGCCAUCAACUCAGAAAGGGCCACUGCCCGCGAAGGAUCCGCUCACGAAGGAGCUAGCAGCUAUACCCCUAAUCGCGAGAAGGUUCUCAGAGCCAAA